AUGAGUGCUUUCAACAUGGGAACUAUGGUACAUCAUGAGGGUUGGCUAACACGGUUAAGAGACAGCGGAUGGCUCAUAGCUCCACUUCAAUCAAGAUGGAUCAAAAGAUUUUUUGUUUUACGAAGUGAAGGCUUUGCUGAAACUAAACGAUAUUUUUUGGAUGAAUUUAAAGAAGAAUCAAAAAAAACACUCAUCAAGACACAUGACCUAGAUCGUUGUGAGCAAGUUGAGUCUCAUCUCCAACUGUCCGACUCAUCAUGUAUUAAUUCAUUUGCUGUAUUCAAAUGGAUAUUCUCAAUACAUUUAAGUAAACCACAUUCUCUUAAGAGAUCUGAAGUAAUUUUUGUGGCAAAAGAUGAAAUAGAAAUGGGAGAUUGGGUGCGCAAAAUAUGUCGAUUCUGUCAUUUGGAGAAACGAACAGGUACAUCUCAUCAUAAUCCAUAUUCUUGUAAUGAGAAUGAUGUCCCACAGUUGUUUAAUGACAUGUCUGUUUCAUCCGAUCAUUCUAUCGACAGCUUUCUGGAUGGACCAUUAAGUGAUGUCACAUCUGAAAGUCGAACAGGGACAAAAAAUCCAAUGCGUAAUAUGACUUUCUUCCAAAUGAAAAAUCUCUCAAGGAUGGGUCAUAGAAAUGCUGCAAUCGAAUUGAGGCCACUACAGAGCAAAAAAAGUGCUGGAAGCCGACAUAAUAGAACAUGUUCUUCUGCUUCUGGUUGCUCAUUAUCUUCUUCACAUCAAAGUGGAACAACAGAGGAUGAUGCUAGUAGUGUGCAUAGUGCUCGAUCAGCAGCCAAUGGGGUUCCUACUGUGCCUCCACGUCUAUCGCGCAAAUUGCUCAAAAAGCAAAUGUCUUCUGCAUCCUCAGCAACGGGAACCAAAUUAUCUGAGGCGGGCAGCACAGCAUUUUCUCCAUUACUUACAAAUGGACUUGGUAGUGGUGAAACAAUCAAAGCUAGUUCAUGUAAUCUAUCACUGACACGCAAUAACUUAGGCCUGGCUUCCCCCAUCAAAGGCUCGUAUCCGACAUUAUCCCUCUCAACCUCUUGCUUGACAUAUCCAACAAUAAAUGAUGCAGAUGCUCCGCCAGUUGACAGAACUAAGAAACCUCCCAACUUACGCAUAGAUUUGGAAGAAGGUAGAACGUGUGGAAGUAUGCUGAACACACCUAUCAGCAAGAUGCCCGUGCCGCGUAAGAAAACAAUGGAACAUCCGAAGAGUGCCGGAUUAAUACCUAGUCGAAAGGAUUUAGAUUAUUUUGAGCCUUUAUCAUCAUCUGUAACGUUGGAAAGGAAUGCGAAAUCAGAGGAUGCUCAACGCUCAUCUGAUCUACAAUACAUCACAAUUGAUAGCACAGCAACUCAGAAUUUGAAAACCAUUGCUUUGAAUAGGGGAAACGGCGAUAAUAAUACGAGUACGGGUCGGUCAAGUCCGGCGGCAUCGUCGGAGAUGUGUGGAAUGAUGCAAAGUGGAUUGUGCAGAUUUUCGGAAUUAACACCUGGACAAUUCGGUUUAACCAAGCAGUUGGUACUCAGAUUAGCCUUACCACAUGUCACACUUCUACUAGUUUCAAUCAUUUAUGCAGCUUUUGGUGGAUGGAUUUUAACAGUAAUCAAGUACUCAGACCAAUCAACCCAAGAGCCAGACCUUCUUGAAAAAACAAAGGGUAAUUUCACGAAAUACUUGGUUUCUCUUAUUGGGUCAAGCCGGAACACAUCGAGAGUUGAAAAACGCUUUUCGACUUAUGUAACUGAUAUUCAUAACAUAUACCAAGGAUCACCAUAUGCCUGGAGUUCGAACAACACUGAAGUUGGAGAUAUCAUUUAUCCUUUGUCAAACGUUACUUGGAAUCUGUUCUUUGCGGCGACAACGUUGACUUCCAUCGGAUAUGGAACAGAUGCUCCCGAUUCCAGUGCUGGUCGCUUAUUCUGCCUAUUGUACCUCUUCUUUGGCAUACCACUUUAUUUGAUUACAUUGGCUGAUUUGGCCAAGUUCUGUACGGAAUUUAUGAACCGCACUUAUACGGAAGUUUUGAAGUGCAAGUUUCACAUUAGGAGAAAAUUCAAGCGAUGGAGGGCAGGAAGGUUACGUAGAGACUCUGUUAGAAUCGGACAGGUUAUAAUCGCUGGAGGAGAAGACGAAGUUGCUGAGUUUCUUUGGACUCAUUUAGAACAUGCUCAAUUUGUGGAAGUUCCAUUCGUUCUAGUAAUAGGGAUACUUCUUGCUUAUAUCGCCUUAUCUUCAUACAUCAUAGCAAGCGUUGAAAACUGGACAACAUCAGACGGUUUCUACUUUGUAAUGAUGAGUGUUUUGACAAUAGGUUUUGGAGACCUUGUCCCUCGCAAUGAUGCGUUCAUCUUGUUAGUAUUGAUCUUGAUCUUGAUUGGAUUGGUUUUAACAACAACCUGUGUUGAUGUGGUAGGAGCAUACUACAUUGAUCGUCUUCACUUCUUUGGUAGACGUCUAGAUGAUGACCCAUUAUCAUGGCUCAAAGCUGUUCAACAAAAACGUAUUGAAGCAAUGAAGAGAGAGGCUAUGCGGAAGCUUUUUGAAACGGUCACUGCUUUACAUCACAUUCGUUUCACAACUUUCAAACAUUUGACGACAUAUGAAACAUUUGAGGAUCCCAAUUUGUCACCUCCUCCAGAAUCACCGAGAAACUUAGUUGCUUCCAAUGCGACAGCAGAUUCCGUUUUUUUGAGAUGGAAACCCCCUGUGUAUGUGGAAGAGGGAAAGAGGUAUUGGUAUACAUUGACUUUUAAAACAAGAACUCCGCAAAGAAGAUGCAAUGUUGUGGUAGUUGAUUUCAUCAAUGCUGAGAAAUAUCUUGUAACCGGAUUGAAGUCGUUCACGCUAUAUGAGUUCAGUGUAUCUACAACUACUAGAUAUGGUAGCAGUAAACCUGCCAGAACUCAAGAGUACACUGAACCUUGUACUGUUCCACAGUCUGUUCGAUUGGAUGCUGUCAGUAGUGAGACGGCAACCAUAUCAUGGCGCCCUCCGAAAAUGAACAACGGACCCGAGAGUUAUGUUAUCCAAUUCGCACAAGAGCCAGCUCCACAAUUUCCUUAUUGGAAUAGGUAUAAAGUUGGGCAAUCCACACGAUUCACUCUCACAGAUCUAUUGCCUGGCACAAGAUAUAUUAUAUGCGUAUCUGCGGAACAUAACUAUGGAUUAGCCGCUAUGUCCAAGUCGAUCCGAUUCCGUACAAGAAAGUGGUGGGGAGAUGAGGACAGUAAUUAUCUACAAGUGCCCAGUCAGUAUGGUGAAAGUGGGUUACAGGAAGAUUAUGUUUCAACUGUUUAA